AUGCAGCAUGAACAAUCAAUGGCAUCAUCGAGGAAAUUGUUUACAUCAAAAGUAAAAUUACUUUUAAAUUUGAAAAAAGCAUUUCAACCAAUUAUAAAUAUAUUUUCACCAAUUCAAACAAAAUAUCAAAUUCAUUCGAAUAAUUCAUGGUUGAAAUUUACAAAAUGUUCCAAUGUUAUUGGUCAUGUACACUUUAGUGUUGAAUAUAUUUACACAUUGAAAAAAUUAAAUGUUAUCAUUAGUCAUUUAACUGGUGUCAGUAAUUUUGGCAAAAUUGACUGUUUAUUUCCUAGUCAAAUUCAAACAAAAUUUAUUGUUGUUUUACAAUUACGGCCAAGAAUUGAUUUUUCAUUGAAGAAUAAAAAGGAAUUUCACAAAGAGAAUGAUCAUUUGCAUAGAUUAUAUUUUACAACACCAGUUGAAACAUUUGCCAAUCCAUGCUUUGAUCAAUUGUUUGUAUUCGACAUUCCGUUUAAUGAAUUAAAACACAGUGAAUUAGUAUUUUCAGUGUUGUAUUCAACAACAUUGAAUGAUCAAAGCGCCGACUAUGAUGAUGAUGAUGAUGCUAAUAAUAAUAAUAACAGUCAUGAAGAACCAUGUGAUUUUAAUAAAAUAUUCAAUCUACCGACUUCUGUUUCUUCUCAUCAUCAGUUCAAUCAACUAUCAAUGCAGUCAGGAAAAAUGGCACAUAAAAUGCAAUGUAUUGGUGAAGCAGUUUAUUGUAUAAAUUCCGAGAAACUCAUCAAUUAUCCAGAUGAAUUACUACAUAAUUGGCAAGAAUUGUAUCCACCAUUAAAUUCUUAUGAUCAUUCUACAGUGGAAAAGAAAUUAAGUCUAAUGAAUAAAAAUGACAAACUUAACAGAGAAACUAGUGACGAAAAUUAUAGUUUAUUACAAGAAAUUUCAUUUUAUGAAUUGCCAGAUAAAUCUAUGGCCCAAUUGUCAACAGUUUAUACAAAAUGGUCAUCUAGUCUUAAAUUAUAUGUUAAAACAAUAACAAAUUUAAAAGUUUGUAUUGAUGAAACAGAACUUAUUUUCCGCGCCACUUAUUGUUUAAAUAAUAUAAGUUUACAAUCUGUAACAAGUCAACCACUUAAAAUCAUCAAAUUGGAAAAUUGUAAAAUUGAAACAACCAAUGAAGUAGAAAAUGGCUAUAUUUUGGAUCAUAUCAAAAUACCAUCAAAUGAAUAUUUAACAUUGAAUGUAGAAAUAAAUGAACUAAUAAAUUAUCGUCAAAAUAUUCAAAUUAUAUUUGAAAUAUUCAUUCAAACAGGUCUAACUGGCCAUGUACAUUGUUUAUCUAGAAUUGUAUUAUGUUCAACUAAAAACAAUGAUGUUAAUGAUAAAAAUCAUGAAUCAGCCUCAUCACAAUACUAUGAUUUAAUUAGAGAAUUAUAUAGAAUAAAAGAAAGCAACUCAAUUGGUUCUACAAAAAAGAUAACUUACUGGUAUCAGAUAAAUAGAUCAUAA